AUGAAAGAGUCUCUCCACCAGAGUGCUGUGAACAAGGCCUUACAGAGUCCAAAUGGACACCUGGACUUGUUCCUCCGCUUCCUCCUGGGUCUUUCACUGCAGACCAGUCAGAGUCUCCUAAGAGGUCUGCUGACACAGACAGGAAGUAGCUCUCAGACCAAUCAGGAAACAGUUCAGUACAUCAAGAUGAAGCUCAGUGAGAAUCUGUCUGCAGAGAAAAGCAUCAAUCUGAUCCACUGUCUGAAUGAACUGAAUGAUCGAUCUCUAUUGGAGGAGAUCCAACAAUACAGGACUUCAGGAAGUCUCUCCACUGGUAAACUGUCUCCUGCUCAGUGUUCAGCUCUGACCUUCAUCUUACUGUCAUCGGAAGAAGAUCUGGAUGAGUUCGACUUCAAGAAAUACUCUGCUUCAGAGGAGGCUCUUCUGAGAAUGCUGCCAGUGGUCAAAGCCUCCAACAAAGCUCUACUGAGUCUCUGUAACCUGUCAGGGAGAAGUUGUGAAGCUCUGUCCUCAGUUCUCAGCUCUCAGUCCUCUAAUCUGAUCAAGCUAGACCUGAGUAACAAUGACCUGCAGGAUUCAGGCGUGAAGUUUCUGUCUGAAGGACUGAAGAAUCCACACUGUAAACUGGAAACUCUCAGUCUGUCAGGCUGUCUGAUCACAGAGGAAGGCUGUACUUCUCUGGCCUCAGCUCUGGUUUCCAACCCCUCCAAUCUGAGAGAGCUGGACCUGAGCUACAAUCAUCCAGGAGACUCAGGAAUGAAGCUGCUGUCAGCUGGACUGAAGGAUCCAGGCUGGAGCCUGGACACUCUCAGGGUGGAGCCUGCUGGAGUCCGAUGGUUGAGACCAGGUCUGAGGAAGUAUUCCUGUCAACUCACAAUCAACACAAACACAGUGAACACAAAGCUCCAACUGUCUGACAACAACAGGAAGGUGACACAUGUGGAGGAGGUUCAGUCAUAUCCUCAUCAUCCAGACAGAUUUGAUGGUUUGUGGCCUCAGCUGUUGUGUAGAAAUGGUCUGACUGGUCGCUGUUACUGGGAGGUCGAGUGGAGAGGAGACGUUUUUAUAUCAGUGAGUUACAGAAGCAUCAGAAGGAAAGGAGACAGUGAAGACUGUGUGUUUGGAUACAAUGAUCAGUCCUGGAGUCUGUACUGCUCUGAUGAUGGUCCUCGUUAUGUCUGGCACAAUAACAGACACACAUCCAUCUCCUCCUCCUCCUCCUCUGUCUCUAUCAGAGCAGCAGUGUAUGUGGACUGUCCUGCUGGCACUCUGUCCUUCUACAGAGUCUCCUCUGACACUCUGAUCCACCUCCACACCUUCAACACCACAUUCACUCAAACUCUUUAUCCUGGGUUUAGGUUCUUGUCUCCUGGUUCCUCAGUGUCCCUGUGCUGAGUGUAAAGAGUGUCUCCUGUUAGAGAAACACUCUGACUGUUGAACAGAUAGUUCAGUCUGUACAUGUCUGUCUCUUUCACUCACAAACACGUUUUCAGAUUCAUGGAUUCAAUCAGUUGAUGUUUGAAACUCUUCUAAAUGAUUCCUUGUAAACUUCUUCCUCUUCAGUCACAAACAAACAGGAAGUGAUGUCACAUGUGUUCCUGUCCACAGCAGAAUGAGUCUAUUG